CUAUUAAAACCCAAAGCUCUCUCUCUCUCUCCUCUCUCUCUCUCUCUCUGCACUUGCAAAUCUCAAAGAUCAAAGCGAUUUUGCUCUCUCUUCCUACUCGUCUUUCAAUGAUGGCUGACAAUGUGGACUCUGAUGCAUGCGUUGGGUCCAAGAGGAGAAUGACAGAGAUCGAAGAAAGUCUCCUUCAGCAACUACAGGAACCCUCCACUUCUAUCUCUACGCAAGAGCAAGAGGUUUCAAAAGAAUCAUCUUUCACUACUUCAUCCGCGCAAGAACACCAAGAAAUCGUGCAAGACAUUCCCAGUCCCAGUUCCUCUAAGAAGGUUAAGUGCUCUUUCAUUGAACCUCAUGGCAGUAGUAUUAUUGAAGAGAAUAAAGGAAUGUUGGGUUGUGUUGGUGAAGAUAAGGUCAUUCCUAGUGAUUUGGUUUCUUGGUCUUUUGGAUGUGAAGGGAACAGUGAAGAUAUUGCCAGACCGGUUGAGAUGGGCGUGCAGGUGCAAGAAACAAAGAAUUGUAUUGUGGGUUCUGUCUUUGGUGGUGAAAAAAGCCAAGGGGAGAUUGAAGGGACUAUCAACGAUGUGAAGACGGAGAAAGAGGAACAGCUGGAUUCUGCGAAAAGUGAAGUGGGUUACCUUGGAGCUGAAGAAUUUGAUAAACAUGGAGCCUCAGACACAGGAGAUUUAAACGGAAUUGAAGUGGAAAUGGGUUCUGUCAUUGUAGAGAAAAAGGAGCAUUUCGUGAAGGAAAAAACGGAAGCACAGACUUUGCUGGAAGCCAAAAAGAAGCAAUUAUUGGCAAAACUUGAUGCUGGUUCAAUCUUUGAAGACAAAAUCCACAUGGAAAAGGUUUCGGCUUUCGACAUUACUGCAGGAAUCUUGGGGGGUCUCAAAGGAAUUGAUGAGUCUGUUAGACCUUCCCUGAAGGUCGAAGUAAUUGAUGAUAUAGCAUUGAUUGAGACCGUUCCAGUCCCCAAAACUGGUAAUGUUGGUUUAAAGAUUGCAGAGAGGAAUGUAAAGAAGAAUGAGAAACAAGAAGCUGAUAGAAAGAAGGCAAAGCGGCCACGAAGAAAGGGAAAGGAUGGAAAAAAGAUUUUGGAGACUAGUAAUGAGCAAAACAAAAUGAUCCAAGUUCGCAAAGCCAUAAGUAUUAAAAAUGGUGAAGCUCAAAACGGUGGUCAAAAGAAUGGGGAUCAAAUAAGAAAAUACUCUAGAGAGGAGAUGGAGGCCCUGCGGUUUGUGAACAUUGUAGACCAGAGAAAGUUGUGGAGAGCGAUACACACUGGCCUUGGAGAUGCUGUUGUAAAGGAGUAUAAUGACUUGGCAGGCUUAAAGCGUCAGAAGAACAUUUGCAUAAACUUUGAUCCUCGACAGAUCUUUGGAAGGAAGGAAGAUGUCCCUGGAAUUCUCGGGGAAGUGUCUUCUGAAAAUUGUGAAAAUGAAUUAGAGAACACUGAAGAUAAGGCAGAACAUUUAAACCUAUUGGGUCCUUCUCGUCAGAGUUUUGGGGGUGAAGACAUCUGCACAUUUUUGGAAGAAGAGUAUGAUGAAGAUGAGGACAGUGACGAAGAUUAUGCUAGCAUCCAUAGACCUGCUUUUCUUGUAGAAGGAGAACCAGAUUUUGAAUCAGGACCUCCAGAAGAUGGUUUGGAAUAUCUUAGGCGUGUCAGGUGGGAAGCUGCUCAUAUUCCAAAAGUUAAAGUGGCCAAGCUUGAUAAGAGUAAAGUUCAUAACGAACAAAGUGUUUAUAUGCUCCAAAUUCCUGAGAUUGCCAAGUGCCCGGAAAAUUUAAUACCGUUGAAGCAAUGGGAGGAUGCAUUUCUUGCUGAUUUUUCAGUGUUACGGAUGUUUUUAUCACGCAAUGAGUCUUCCAGCACUGAAAUUUCGUGUAAACUGCAAUACAUGGCUGUUGAUCAUGAACAGAACACUUCCUCUCCUCAGCCUGCUGAAUGUAUUAUUCUUCAGAAUAUGUCUCAUAGAAGUUCCAUUAGUGAUUCUUCAUGCAACUACCCUACAUUGUCAGCUAUUUUAGCAAUGGAUUCUGUAGCACGAGUAUCAGCGCUGAAGAAACGCAUAAACCUGGCAGAAACCAUGAGCACACUAUCAAAACAUGAUUGUGUUUGGCUCUUUGCUUUAUGUGCAGCAGUUGACACUCCACUAGAUGCAGACACUAGUGCUGCUCUUCGAAGCCUCCUCCGUAAGUGUGCUAGCUUGCGAGCUGCAAAGUCUGAACUUGAUGAUGAGGUUAUAAUGCUGAAUAUUCUCGCCACCAUUUCAGGCAGGUAUUUUGGGCAGUCUGAAAGCUGAAGCUUGGCAAUUAAAAUCGUCUCUGUUUAAUGAAAUUUUUAUAUUGUUAGAUGAGCUAUGUAUUUCAUAAUGUGAUACGAAUGAGAUGCUGUGCAUGGUGGCAACAUUACUGUUACUGGGAACUUGAUAUUACUGUCAUCGAGUCUUUUUCUUGCCCUUCUUUUUUUAUUUAAUUUUUUAUUUUUAUUUUA